AUACAUUCAGCUGGAUAACUGAAAUGGUAUUUCGUUUUUCUUUAAUUUUAUAUUUUCAAGAGAGAUGUUUCAAGGUGGCCACCAGUAGAAGUCGUUGGCCUGUCGGGCACCAUCUCAACUAGGCCAGUACAGCAGAAGGAGUCAGGACGGACGGUACUUCGGACUGGGAAGGAACGGGCAUUGUACCCAACUCUUUUCGUCCUUGGUGAAGAGCCGACGCCCCCCUAGCCUGAUAUCGGAUGACAACAAGCAGAAAUGGUGGAUGUCAAGUCUUUCCCGUGGGUCUACCCAGUCUCAGAGAGGGAGUGCGACGACCCGGACGUCACUGUCGAACAGUACGUGCAAGAUGUCAAAGAUUUCAGCUCCCAGUACGGAAGCGACAUCAGUAUAUCCUACACGGCAUACAACAUAUCUGGCAAGCCGAGCAAGUUCCCCGACUACGGUGACUUUCCUCAGGCAUUUGUCAUGCGAACAUAUGGCAAGUGGUGGAACGAUGCUCCAUCCAAGCCCAUUCCAAUAAUGACUCAAAACAGCCAGAUUGUCAGUGAAGACUACAUAGAUAUAACAUUUGAGCAAGAAGUAUACCCAGAAAAAGUCAGCAUUUUUGAGACUUUCAACCCUGGAUCUGUCGUCCGCAUCUGGGCUGGGGAUGGUGAAGGUCUUUGGAAACUUCUUUGGGAAGGGGAGCCUCAAAUAGUUGGGCACAGGCCCAGAAUAUUUUCCCCUGAAAUAAGACCAAUUGAUUUUAUGACAAGCUUACUGCGUAUUGAAUUUAAUCACUCACAGCUUGAUUAUUACACUGAGCUUGAUGCCGUUUUACUCGUUGGCUCCCGUGUACCAAAUAAAGAAGUUGAUUUUGGAAAGAUUACUUCACAGAUAAAAGGAUUUAAAAUAAACGCGAUUACUAAUGAUGUCGAUAUUUUGACAAUUCACAAAGACCUUUCAUCACUUGUGGAUUCACUUCUGGAAGAUAUAGAUCAAGAAAUUGAUACAACCACUGGUUCUAGCAGUGGACCAUUCAGUGACCUUCCUGAUGAAACAAUACUCAGGAUCUUCGGUUACCUUGAUCUUAUCUCACUUCGUCGUUGUGUUAGAGUUAAUAAGCAUUUUUCACGUUUAGCCAAUGAUGCAAUGCUUUACACUGGUUUAAAUUUAAAGCCCUAUUGGUUUUGUGUUAAUUCAAAUGCAUUAAAUACACUUUCUUCGAGAUGCUUGUAUUUACAAAAGCUAGAUCUUUCUUGGUGUGGUAAUUAUGACCAGAUAACACCAGCUCAAUUUUCAUCAUUUAUUAAUACUUGUGGCAAGCAAAUCACUCAUUUGAGAUUGGAUUGUUGCAAAUAUAUAGAUGAUGAUUGUAUCAAACAAGUGGCUUAUUCAUGCCGAAAUCUUAAAGAGCUAUCUCUUCGAAACUGCUUCAAAAUCUCAGUUGAUGGUUUCCACAGUCUCACUAACAUCACAACAUUUCAACGUCUUGAUCUUUAUAGAACUGCAAUUGAAGGUGGACCCCUAGUCAAAAUAUUAAAGCAAUCACCAAAACUCCAGCAUAUAAACCUUGGCUCGUGUGUAAGGGUGUCAGCAAUGGAUGAGGUGGCACACUCCCUCGGGACUUACAACCGUCAGUUGAUUUCUGUAGAUUUUUGGAAGACGUACAGCUUGACGCCGAGCGGUGUGAAGUCGCUCGCUAAUUGUUCACAAUUGGAAGAGAUAGAUCUUGGAUGGUGCCUGGGAGUGUCAAUCCCCGGAGAAUGCCUAACAGCUUUAGCUGCAGGCUGCCCCAAGCUGCGUAAACUUUUUGUUGCUUCUUUACGUGGCAUUACUGACAGAGAUCUCAUACCAUUUAUCAACAAUUGUCCACACCUUCAGCAGGUCGACCUCCUCGGCAUUAGAAACAUCACACCUCAGAUUUGUUACAGAUUUUUAAACACGUGCAAGGAGCUGAGACUUUUUGAUCUAAGCUUUUGUGAUCUCAUUCAAGACAGCAACAUACAGAUGUGGCGCAACCAAUUUCCACAUGUGAGCAUCAAGCGUAGUUUUCAGAGGGAUGGAGUGCCUUCUCCUUUUCAACACUAUUGAUCUUAAACA